GCUUGUCUCAGUUCUGGUCUCUGCUUAGAUACUUUCUGUAUUAUGUAUUGCUGGGGAAGUAACACAUCUGGCCAGCUGGGCUUAGCUGGUCAGGAGAAUAUACAAGUUAAUUUCCAAGAGAAUGCCUACUUCCAAGACAAACCUGACAUACAAAAAGUGGUAUGUGGUGGGGACCAUGCACUUUUCCUUUUGGAAGAUGGCACAAUUUAUUCUUGUGGUCAACACUCCCAUGGUCAGCUGGGCAGAAGAACUAACACCAACAGCUUAGGACAAAUCUAUGCAUUGGAAGCCCAGAUGAUUGUUGAUGUUAGCUGUGGCAAAAAUCACUCUGUGGCCGUAUGCAAUCAAGGAGAUGUGUAUACUUGGGGAGAAGGAACUGAAGGAGAACUUGGGGCUGGAACAUUGAAACAAACUAAUCCUAUCCCAAAAAGAAUAACUGGCCUUUCAAACAUCAAAAUUUUACAAAUAUCAUGUGGAGAUUAUCAUUCGAUUGUUCUAACAGAAGACGGUAGAGUAUUUUCCUGGGGACAAAAUAAUGCUGGACAGCUUGGCCUAGGCAAACAGACACCGAAUCAAGCUAGCCCACAGCUUGUGAAGUCACUGACGGGAAUUCCACUGGUUCAGGUCAAUGCUGGUGGCUCUCAAAGUUUUGCCCUGUCAAUGUUAGGAACUGUUUUUGUAUGGGGAAGGAAUAAUGCCGGUCAACUGGGAUUCAAGGCUGACUCAUCAAAAGCCAUAUUCAAACCCCAUGCAGUGAACUCUUUGAGAAACCUUGGCGUGGUCUACAUUAGCUGUGGAGACGAACAUACUGCCGUUCUUACUAAGGAUGGCAGUGUGUACACAUUUGGAGACGACACGUAUGGACAGCUUGGUCAAAGCACUGGGAAGUCAAUGCAAGGUCCUCAAAAGAUAGAAGAAUAUGAAGGGCAGGUUUCUCAAGUAGCUUGUGGCAGCUACCACACACUAUUGUAUGUCUUCACUUGUAACCGCGUUGUGUCCUUUGGCCGUGGCUUACAAAAACAACAUGGCGGCUCUCUCAGUGACGACCAGGCACAGCUACCACCAGAUUUCGACAUCAGCAGCCUUGUAUCUGCAAAUGACCUUAUGGAAGUCUCCGUUAAAUGGAUUUUUGCUGGGAAUAAUUCAAGCUUUGCAAGCUCUUCUCGUCAAGAACAGAAGGCCAAAGUAACUUCCAUGGACAGUCUUCAAAAGAUCAGUCGGGUGGACAGGGCUGUUAUCAAGAAGUGGAUGAAAGCAAAAACUGGAACAGAGGAAUACCAAGAAGCAAAGCGAGAAAUAAACACAAUAUUUUCUUCAGCUUCAUGUCUGACUGCAAGUUUUCUAAGACCCUCCAGUCCUCUCCAAUCAUCUCCUCUACAACUGGACUUUGAAGCUGCCAGAAAUGUAUUUGCAGAACUAAACAAGGACAAAAGAAUGUCAGACAUUAUAUGCUCCAGCUUCAAAAGUGAUCUGAUUCCCUGCAUUGAGUCUCUCCCGGUGCUCUAUGAGGCUCUAGCUAUCAUUAUCUUGCUUCCAGAAUGCUCUGUAAUGCAUGACCCGAGCUAUAGCUUGUUGUUGGUGAUCCCCUUUGCAAGCGCUGUGAACAACCUGAACAAAAAUGCUCUGAAGAUAUUAGUAAAACUGUGGUCAUCAAUGAAGGCUCCUGACUUUGAAAAGCAAAUCCAGUUGCUUAAAGCUUCAGUGGUGCGGGCAGUACAGUCAAAUCAGAUGGAUUCCAAGACUAAAGAACUACUGGAAAUGCUGAAGAAGUUGUAUAAGGCAAACAUGAAGGCCAACUGUAUUGUGCCAAUCAACUCGUUCUGUAUUAACGAGCUCUGCCCCUUUAUCAUCCUGCCGAAAGAUCUUAGCAACUGGCGUCUGUGGCAGUCUCGAUCUGACGAGGAUGAGAAUCAAAUGCCAGUGAUAUAUUGUCGUUACCCCUUUAUCUUCAACUUCAUUACCAAGGUUCAAGCUCUUCACAUUGAUUCAGUUCAGAAACAAGAAUUAAUCAAGUUAAAGGCCCAUGAACAAAUUGUGUUGAACAGACUUCAGAUGAAUAGUGACCUUCCUAAAAUACCAAUUUUCCAUCUCAGAGUCAGACGCAGUCACCUGGUAGAAGACACUUUACAUAAACUGAGUAUUGUGGAGGACUGUGACCUUCAGAAGCAGUUGCAGGUGGAAUUCAUCGGUGAGACGUCAUCUAACCCUACAGCUGUUGUUAUAGAAUUUUUCCUCCGCGUUUUUGAAGAGAUGGUUAAUCCGGAUUAUGGAUUGUUCCGCUACUCUGAUCCAUUACUACCAAUGUGGUUCCCAAGCAGUCCAUCAGCAGACAAAAAAAAAUACUUCUACUUUGGUAUAUUGUGUGGACUAGCUAUUUGCAACCAGAUGGUUGUUUAUCUUCCAUUUCCUUUAGCUUUAUUUAAGAAAAUUUUGGAUAAAAAAACAACUUUGGACGAUUUAAAAGAGCUCCAGCCUACUGUUGGACGGAGCAUGCAAGAAAUACUGGAUUAUGGAAAUGAAACUGAAAAUCUGGAAAUAUAUUUCUGUCUGUCUUGGGAGAAUAAAACAGUUGAGCUGAUUCCGACUGGAGCAUCUAUACCAGUAACCAAUUCAAACAAGAACGAUUUUGUUAAUAAAUCAGUCGACUACAUUUUCAACACGUCUGUAGCAGAACCAUUUGAGGAGUUCAAGAGAGGCCUCUACAAAGUCUGCGACAAAGAUGUCCUUUCGUUUUUCCAACCUGACGAGCUCAUGGUGGCUGUUACUGGAACUGAAAAUUAUAACUGGACUAACUUUGAAAUGUUUACCAUUUACCUGGGAAAAUACUCUCGGAACCAUCCAACCAUCAAUAUGUUUUGGAAGGUUUUCCAUGAUUUACCUCUACAGGAGAAAAAGGGAUUUCUUUUUUUCCUAACAGGAAACAACAGGAUUCCUCUAAUUGGGAACCUAGUGAUGAGGAUCUCUAGUUUUGGAGCACCCAAUGAAACCUUCCUUCCAGAAGCACAGACAUGCUUUCAAACACUCCUUCUUCCAGAAUAUUCCAACAUAAAAACUCUCCGACGGAAGCUGCUCCUGGCCAUACGCAACAACAGAGGAUUUGAAAAAAUCUAGAAUGUUCAUAUUUCACUGAUGAAUGAUUUUUCCCUUAUUAUCCUGAAAUUGCUCUGUGAUCUUCCAUAAGCAUAUUUUACUGUUCUUAUAUUUGUGUUAAUGCUUACUUAGUAUAUAGUAAAAAGAAUAACUGAACCAUAUCAGAGGAAAGCAAAAAAAUGCAGAUAUGAGUAAACCUAAUUAAACAAUCGCUACCACUUUGAUUGCUCUUAACAAGGACUCUAGUGUCGUUUGUGCAGUCAACAAGUGAAACCCAUAAAAUCUGUAGUCCAUAUUAGCAUCAUACCAAUAGUCUUCAUAUUGAUGCUUACA